AAACAUCAACAUUCAAAGAGAAAUGGUAGUAGCCACACAAAAGACCUUUAUCUUUACAAACUUGACUUCUCCUUAUCUUACAGUGAACAAAAAUGGCAGCAAGCUGCCGGCCAUAACACUAGCCAAAAAGAAAGACAUCUCUGAAACUUCAACACCUCAACAACAAAAUUUUCCGAUCAAACUUUCAACUUCACUUCUUCCCAGGGCUGCCAUUGCGGUUUUCGGAUUAGGGUUUAUUGAUGCCGGGUACAGUGGAGACUGGUCAAGAAUUGGCGUAAUUUCUGAAGAGAACGAAGCCUUGCUGAAAACUGCAGCUUUUGUUGUUGUUCCUCUUUGUAUAUUUCUGAUAGUUUAUCUUUCCAGGGAGCCUGAGGCUGAGCCUUGAGUUUCUGAUAACUGGGAAUUCUUGAGUAUUUGAAUUUGUAAUUGUAUCUAGUAUGAACAUGAAUGGGCCGAAGAAAUUGGUUAAUUUGUUAUGGUUCUUCAUAAGGGUAGAUGCGAACUUAACCCAGUCCAAACAUCCUUUGUCUUAAGUUUGUUACACCAAAAUUAAAUAUAGUUUGAAUAAAAAUAAUUCGAUUUGAGUUCA